UAGCUCCUUAAGAUCACAAUGACUCGGUGAGCCAACGAAUCGCUUCUUUUUAGGGUUUGUUUUUUGUCCUCUCGGUCUCUGAGUUUCAAAGAUCGAACCCAGAUACCAAUUCAGCCUCUCAAUUCCUGGUGAGUUUCUGUUACCACUCGGUCAAUCUUUUUCUCAAAGGAAUGUAUCAUUUCAUAUGCAGAACACUCGUACAAAAUCGAAAAGUAAGUUCGAAAACCAGUUACGUUCGUUAUAUCCAAACAACACCCUUGUUCAAUUCAGUUUCAAACCCCACAGAGCAACAAUCUUUAACAGUCUCUUACCUCAUUAACUCAUGUGGGUUGUCUUUAGAACAAGCUAUUUCAGCUUCAAAGGUGGUUAGAAUAGAAAACACUGAGAAACCAGACUCGAUUCUAAAGAUGUUAGCCACUUAUGGGUUUUCAAAAACUCACAUUUCAAGCUUGAUUUCUAAACUUCCACCUCUGCUUUUAGCUCAUCCGGAGAAAACUAUAAGGCCCAAGAUUGAGUAUUUUGAGUCCUUGGGUAUUAGAGGACCCGACGUACCUAGGAUUAUCUUUUCAGACACAUCCAUUUUAAUGUCUAGUUUGAAGAAACAGAUAAUACCCAACAUUGAUUUUCUUAAAGGUUUUCUUGAGACCAAUGAGAACCUUGUUAAUGCAUUGAAGCAAUCAGCCCAAUUGGUUCGAUGCAACAUUAAGAAAGUUUUGGUGCCAAAUAUAUCCACUUUGAGGGCUCAUGGAGUGCCAGAAGAACAUGUUGCAAAGCUUAUAAUCAUGCAGCCUAGAUCACUUUUGUUGAGGUCUGAUUUGUUCAAAGAGGUGGUUUGUGCAAUUAAAGAAAUGGGGUUUGAACCGAUGAGACCUUCGUUCAUUUUGGCUGUUCGAUGUAUGUCAAUAAUAAGCAAAGUGAAGUGGGAAAAGAAAAAGGAGGUUCUAACGAGCUUUGGUUGGUCCGAAAAUGAAUUUCUUUUGGCAUUUAGAGUGCAGCCAAUGCUAAUGAUUUGUUCAGAGAAGAAGAUUAGGGAUGUGAUGGAUUUCUUGAUGAACAAGGCCGGUCUGAAGCAAUCACAUAUUGCUAGAUGCCCAAAUUUAUUUCUGACUAGUAUUGAGAGGAGAUUGAUUCCCAGAUGUGCAGUUCUGCAAGUUUUGAUGUCUAAAGCUAUGGUUGGGAAAAAUUUAGAUAUAGUUUGGGCAUUGAGUUCAAAUAAGCGGUACUUUGAGAAGAAGUAUGUGACUCGGUUUAUGGAAGAUGCCCCUGAAGUGAUUAAGGCAUACCAGGGUAAGAUGGUAUUUCAGGGAUUCAGUAAUUGACUGUGAGACUUGAAUCUGAUGGAGGAAUCAUUGAACUUUCCAGAGUCUCCUUGUGUUUUCUAUUUUGAUUUCCACAAUUUGGUGAGACCAGAGCGGUUUAGCUUUCCAAGAAUUAAGGCUUGUGUGUCUCUACAGACAGCAUUGAUGGCAGAUGCAUUUUGAGGAAAGCGAAUGUGGUGUGUUCAGUGUGAGGAUGAGAAUGAUCAUACAUGUUAGGCUUUUGUGAUUGAUUUUGAAUGUGAUGAUGAUGAUUUACCUGUUAUAAAGUCACAUUAUAAUUUCUUUUGCACAGUUGUUUCUUUCUGGGAUGAACCUUUUUUUUUUAAUUAUUUGACCCAUUUACAGGAUAGAGUUCAGCAGCUUCAGCUGAUUGUUUUUAGUUUAGGAUUAAAUGUGUAUGUAUCAUCUUGCUCUCCCAUGGGUAUUGCUAUUUUUUAUUUAUUUAUAUGAGAAUUUAGAGUACGUUUGAUUUUGUAA